AAAAUUCCUGUCGGAUGAAAGCUAGACCACCGGCUCUGCUAUAAAUAACCGCCUCCGCUCUCUCCAUUCGCCCACUAUCUCCCCUCUCUCGCUCAAGUCUCCCAAUGAUGGCGGUCGAUACUCUUCGGGUUGGGAAAGGGGGAUUCGCCGCCGGCGAGGAGAAGACGGCUCCGCCUUCCGGGGCCGCAGGCGGCGGAAACGGCGGCGGAACAAAAGAGGGACACUACCGCGGUGUCAGAAAGCGGCCGUGGGGGAGAUUCGCGGCGGAGAUACGCGAUCCAUGGAAGAAAACCAGGAAAUGGUUGGGUACCUUCGAUACCGCUGAGGAAGCUGCCAGGGCUUACGAUGAGGCCGCACGAAAUCUUCGCGGCCCUAAGGCGAAGACCAAUUUCACCGACGGAGACACCCCAUCAUCGGAGUCGAUCUCGCCGCCGGCGAUUUGGACGGCUGCUCAGUGGCCGUCAGGGUUUGCCGACAGCCGAGAUCUGGUGAUCGCGACGCCGACGGCUGGAUCGGAGUUCUCCGGGUACAGAUUCGAUGCGGUAGAGAUGUUGGUGAGGAGCGAGCAGGAGAAGAAGAAGAUAAAGAGCGGGGCUCAAGAUGAACGGAUUGUUAAGAAGCCUUUGGGAUUCGAUCUGAAUCUCCCGCCGCCUCUCUUUUGAGAUCCAAAACCACUUUCGGUUUUUCUCCGAUCUUCUGCUUCCUUCCCUUUUUUUUUUGUUUCCUGCAAAUUUUCCCGUAUUUUAACAGAGUAAUCUAUCCACCGAUGGUGGUGUUUUAUGUACAAAUUAAUCGCCGAUUAUCGAUCGGAUUUGAUGAUGCGAUAGCAUGGCUCGCGAGUGAGCACACACACUGAGCUUCGGCAUAUGAAAUUUAGGACGGACGGACUGCCCUCGAAUCUUUUAAGAAAUUACACAAGUUACCUAAAUGACAGCUUUAAAUGAGGUGCGAUUAACCGGCGGAGCAGCGGUGGCUAAAGAGGGGUGGGGCCGGGUUUCGAUUUAUCGACCCCAUUUAUGUUCCCGCGCGGCUCGCCGCUAUCAAUCACGCAAUCGCACGCGUCGUCGUUUUAAAAGAUAAAUGACGGAAUUGCCCUCGCUCGCUUGGCGGCUAAUGAAAUGGCGGAUUCCGAUUGGCUGAGGAAUUUAAUUAAAUAAUUAAUGUUUAGCGGGCAAACGCCAUUUAUAUUAAAAGCCGCCGCCCGACCUGCUAUAUACGGACGUGGGGACCACGGGGGGUGGGGGUUGAGUGGACACGUUAGGCGGGCAGCGAGGAGUACUGGAGACGGUGCACGCGUGUGGGGGCGGUCAAAAGGGGCGGAGUUGACCGGGGAUUGCGGUUUAGGUUCGCACGUGUG